CAUAUAAAGUUCGUUAGAGCUAAUGGAUUGGAUAAAAUUGAUGAAAACUUUAAACCUAAAGAGGCUGCAAAAUACUUUCACACAGCAAAACUUGGGUAUGAUAAUGAAGGUUCUGUUCUGAGAAUUCUUCAUAUAGGAGCUGCUGAUUUGAGAGGACUGGCGCAGUCACUUACUAAAGUCGAUGCAUUCAGCUAUGCAACAUUCCUUAUUUUAUCUGAUAUUAGAGAACAAAAGCGAGACCGUGAAGGUAAAUCCCUUUGUGACAAACAAGUAUAUAUAUUUGAUCUCAAAGGUUUGAGCUGGUCAGCUAUUAUACACAGAGCAGUUGCACAACAUGCAUACACCUUAUUAAAAAGUUAUGAAGCUAAUCAUCCUGAAAAUUUAAAAACGGUAUACGUUGUGAAUGCUCCAUCAUUUUUUAACUUCAUUUGGAGCUGGUGCAAAACUGUUUUGCCUGAAUCAAUAUUAUCAAAGGUGGAAAUUUUAUCGCCAGAGGAUGUCAAACCAGUUAUUACAAAAAAUAUUGAUCCAGCCAUACUGCCUGUAUCUGUUGGCGGAACAAAAACUGAUGAAGAUGGAAAUCUUGAGUGUGCAUCAAUGUACCAAAUGCCUUUGUAUGUGCCAGUCCCUGAAAAUCUAAUGCUAUAUCAAAAACUUGGCGUUCUUGAAAAUGAUCCUGCUGCUAAGCGAACUGUUGUGGAAUGUGGGUGUGCUUGUAGAAUAAGACUUGUAGUAAAAGAGCCAAAUUCUCUUAUUCAAUGGGAUUUCCAGACUAUAGGCUAUGAUAUUCGUUUUGGUCUUUGUUUUAGAGAAAAUGAAACAGCAGAAAUAACUGAAAUAAUAACACCACACAGAGUUGACUGUCACAUGUAUCCAGAAUCAGGAACUUUCUCUUGUAUCAAUGCAGGUUUUUAUGAACUAGUAUUUGACAAUACCUACAGCUGGAUGACAAAGAAAGAAAUCAUUUAUAAAGUUAAAGUUGUACCUCCUAGUGAAAUAUCAUAUAACUAAAAUGUAAAAUUAUAUUUUACUAUGUCGAAUAAAUAUUUUUCUAAAACAAA